AUGACUUCGAAGGGAUCAACAUUGGAAUCCAUUCAUGAUAUCAUAAAAUGCUCCAUCUGUCUUAACUCUGCGGAGAACCCUCGGUUCUGCCCCGUUUGCUCCGCCCUCUUCUGCAUGCAUUGCAUCAAUAAAUGGAUACAACACAAUCCUACAUGCCCUGCAUGCAGAGGAAAAUUGAACCACGAUAACCUGAGCUCUAAUCUUAUCGUUGCCAACAUCCUCAAUGAGCUUACAAAGUCACAGGAGUAUCUUCAACCGGAUCAUUGCACUUCACAUCACUUUGACAUGAUAUACUAUUGCAACAAUUGUCAAGAGUCGAUAUGUCCAGAUUGUUAUCUCUUCCAACACAAGGAUCACUCAAUCGAGAAGGUCUCAGUAAUCUACAACAAGAACUUGGAGAUAAUAAGAGUCGAGGAAGAAGCACUCAAGAAGAGACAAGAGGAACUACAUGAGCUAUCAUCCUUUAUCGACUCUGACACCAAUCAACUAUAUCAGAACAAGAGAGAGAUUGAAGAUGUCAUUGAUAAUGUAGUAGGUGACAUGAAGACCAGACUAAACAAUGAGUUUGAACAAAAGUAUUCAAUCAUAUCAAGUUCACAACAGAGAUUGAAUGGAGAGUUGACACAUAUGGAUGAUAUGUAUGAACAGUUGAUCAGUCAUUAUAAGAAGUCCCCGGGCGACUUUAUACAGUCGAGCGUUCAGUUGACAAAGAACUUGCAAGAGGUGCACAAGAACUCGAUACUGGAGAUAUACAAGCCGGUCAACACGGAUUUGACGUCAGAGAUAGCGCCACCAUUUGAGCAUCGUCUGCUCAAACUCAACGGCUUCCUCCAGGCGCCAAAGCCAUUCGCCAAUCGCAUCGAGUAUUAUGGCACGACUUGGGAGCUGACGUGUGGCGUCGACGACGACAACCUGUUCAUCAAUCUGAAGCUGCUCGACACGCCCGUCGAGGCCAAGUACACGUACAGGUUCACGAUCAUCAAUCAAAAGUCCAGCCACAACAAAGUGUACGAGUCGUCGUUCCCCCUGCACAUCGGCAAGUCGUUGCUCAUCCCCAACUACUCGACGAAGGAUCUGCUGAUCGAGGAUGGCUACCUGCUGCCCGAGAAGGACAUCCUGCUGCUGCAGUUCUCGUUCAAGCCGCUCAACUUUUGUCACCUGACCAACGACCUCAAGUACUACAUCACAAUGUUGGAGACACAGAACAGCAUGCUGCGCAGACAUCAGCAGCACUCUCAUUCACACUCGCACUUCUCUGGAGGUGGCAGUGGCAGUAGCAGCAGGCUGGCGAGCUCUUACGAUGUGGACCGAUCGCCUGGCGUCAUCACUGACGAAGAGUACUUUGGCGACGAUGAGAAGGAGUCUGCGCCCAAGCCUCAGCGUCCAGCCAAGCGAUCCAGACGCAGUCCUACCGCAUCACUCUAUCUCAAUUUAAAGUAUAGUGAGGAUGAUGACUUUGAUGACUUUGACGAGGAACAGGCUGUUGAUCAGAUUGAUGAUGACCAUGAUGAUGAUGACGACGACGAUGAUGAGGAUGACGAUGAGUCGUCCACUUCAUCUUCCUCAUACUCUGAUGAUCAACAACAAUCAAUCUCUGGCACAGAGAGCGAGGAGUUGAACGUCAAGCCCACCUACUCAUACAAGUCAGUCUAUGGCUACAAGCGUACAGGCAUCAGCAGUAGUGGUGGCAGCAGUGGCGGUAACAAGAGUAGCAGCAACAGCAUUGGCAACAGCAUUGGCAACAGCAUUAGCAACAGCAUUAGCAAUAGUAGUAGCAGUAGUAUAAUCAACUCCAAUCAUCUAGACCUUGUAAAUAGUAGUUGUCAAAUAGAUCUAGACAGUAUAGACAUAAUCAACAAUAUCAAUGGCGGUAAUAACAACAACAGCAACAAUAGUAGUGGCGGUGGCAAUGGCGAUGGCAAUGACGACAGCGACAUUCUAAACAAUGACAGUAUAGCUUCACAAUGGGACCUACAGUCCCAAUUCAACUCCUUAAACCUAGGCGGAAAGUGGCGGUAUGAUUACCACAGACACAACAACAACAACAACAAUGAGAGUAGCGAUAACAACAACAACAAUAAUAAUAGUAGCAGGAGCAAGUUCAACUAUCUAUCAGAGAUUGACGAUAGCAUUCGCAUCCUGGACCAGUCUCAUGAGAACACUGAGAACGAGAUGGGCUAUGAGGAGAUGGAACCGAUUCCACCAAUCAUCAUACCGCCCACCUCUCCCAUCACCAAGACCAAGACAUCUACCUCGCGAGCACCAAGAUUACCACCUCGUCCACAACUUCUCACCUCUGCCAACAUCGAUGAUCAAGUGGAUGAUGUAGAGGAAGACAACAACGACCAAGAUGAGGACGAGGAUGAUGAAGAUGAUCAAGGAGAUGACGAGAUGCCUGACCACUAUGAUGUAUCGAACGAAGAAGUGGACAAUGAGGAUGAUAACGAUGAUGAUGAACAACAGAGUCACAGUGACAAUGCGGACCAGGAUGAGGAUGAUGAAGAGAUAAUCUAUAGCGAAGACAACACUCAUGAAGAUUAUGAUAUUGAACCAUUCGACUCUGACGUUGAGUUCCAACCGUAUAAUGAGGACGAAGAGAUAUACAUCGAUCCUACACAUCUAUCAAUAUUCAAUGUCAGUCCUACACUUGUUGGACACUUCAAACAGCAGAGCAGUGGCAGUGGUAGUAGUAACUCACCACCAUCAUCAUCAGCACCACCUCAACUCAAUCAUUCCUCAACCUUCCCGUCCACCAUUCCUUCCAUCCCCUCCUCCCCUUCUUCCUCCAACUUGUCUCAUCACGUCUGA